AUGUGUCGUCAAUACUUCACUCUAUAUGAAUGGUGUCACUGCGAAGAGAACUCCGGCAACAGCAUCUGCGCUGGUCAGCGCCGCAACAGCUGCCCGGGAAUUAGUGUCGAGACUGUCCACAUGCAUUGCUUCUGUCAUUCUCAUGCCACCAAAGGAUUCAAGUCGGAGAAGAAGACUCGCAAAGAUGAAGAGAAGGUGCGCCGCCGAUCUCAAGAAUCCUUGGAUGAGAAGUCUUCCCUGGGUCGACGCUGGUACCAGUGGUAUCAAUGGCGCGGCCUGUGGUCUCGUUAG